AUGGUUCGCCUAUCUCCAGGCGGGAAAGAGGCGCUCGAUGCCUUCAUCGCGAAGAUCACCCAAGAACAGAAGUUCCCCUCUUUUAUAUUUGGCGUUACUACCAUCGACGGCGAAAUUUACUUGAAGACAGGUGGGAAUAAGGUGGUGAACGACCCCAAUAGUGGCACUGUUGACGAAGAUGCUGUGUGGUGGAUAUGCAGUCAGACAAAGAUGAUAGUUCAUCUCGCCGCGCUCCAACUGAUAGAGCGGGGGCUCCUCAACCCUUCGACACCUGUAUCCACAUUGUUCCCGGUGUUGGCGAACCCGAUUAUCCUGGAUGACAUUACGGCCGAAGAGAGCACUUACCGUCCAGCAAAGGAGGAGAUCAAGGUCGCCCACCUUCUCAAUUUCUCUAGCGGGUUGUAUUAUCCCGCCAUGGAGAAUAUUGGGGCGAUAUUGCCGGAGGCGUAUACUACGACGUAUGGAAAGGAGGGCGUCCACGACAAGUUUUUCGAGAUUCUCAAGAGCUCAUAUCCCGCGGUCCCUUUGAAAUUUGAACCCGGGACAGACUUUGUGUACGGCUUCAGCUCUGAUGUCCUGGGCUUCGUCGUCGAGAAAGUGUCUGGAAAGACACUGGAUGCGUACUGCAAGGAGAACAUUUUUGUGCCAUUAGGAAUGACAGCCUCCUUCUAUCUGACGCCUGAACUCAAGGAACGCCUUGUUCCCCUUGCUUACAGCGAUAGACAGACAGGAAAGUUCGAGCCAUGGGCGGACCAAUUGAAGUUGAUUGAGCGGGACCCGAGCAAAGCUACGUGCCACAUGGGAGGAGUAGGCAUCUAUGCGUCAUUGCGGGACUACCUCAAGCUGCUGCAGCACCUGCUCCAAAUACAUGCUGGAAAGGCCGAGAAGCCAAUCCUCUCUCGCGAGACCGUCCACCAGCUCUUCGUCUCGACCCUUCCAGCAUUGGGAGCUCAACACAUCAAUGAACUCUUCGCGAUGAUACAGCCGCCGAUCACAGGGGUUCAGUGGGGUACCGCCUCUGGCAUUUGUACCAAGGAUUGGCCAAACAAGAGACGAGCCGGGUCCGCCUUUUGGUCGGGAUGGGCAGGCACAAAUCAUUUCAUUGACCCAGCGACGGGCAUUGGUGCUGUAUAUGGUACGCAGAUAGGCCCGAGCCCAGCCAUAGAUAUAGGGAUACAGUCGGCGUUUUUCGAGUUCGAGGAAGUCCUUUAUCGCGGCUUAGAAGGCUGA